CAGCUCUUUACUGAUUCUGUGUUGCAGAGUUCAUUACCCUCGCAUCAGGGAGAUAACAUGUGGCUCUGGCUGGCCCUACUCCUGUGGGUUCCAGUUGGUGGGCAACAGGACCCCACGAAGGCAGUGGUCACCUUGCACCCCCCGUGGGUCGAUGUGUUCCAAGAGGAAGCAGUGACUCUCAGGUGUGCGGGGCCGCGUGCGCCUGGGGACAGCGCCACCCGGUGGUUCCUCAACGGCACAGCUCUUCAGACCUCGUCCCCCAGCCACAGCAUCACGAAUGCCCUCGCCAAUGACACUGGGGAAUACACUUGCCAGACGGGACUCUCUGUACCAAGCGAGCCGGUGCAGCUGGGCGUGCACAGAGAUUGGCUGCUGCUCCAGGUCUCUGGCAGAGUCUUCACUGAAGGGGAGCCACUGACCUUGCGAUGUCACAGCUGGAAGAACUCAGUGAUGCGCAAGCUGCUUUUCUAUCACAAUGACACAACAUUUAAGUUUUCUUUUCAGGAUUCUGAAUUGACCAUUCCAAAAGCCAACCUGAGUCAUAAUGGCAUUUAUUACUGUUCAGCCAUGGGAAGGCAUCGUUACACAUCAGCAACAGUAUCUGUUACUGUAAAAGAGCUGUUCCCAGUUCCGGUGCUGAGGGCAUCCCUGCCAUUCCCCAUCCUGGAGGGGAGUCCGCUGACACUGAGCUGUGAAACCAAGUUGGUCCCCGGGCAGCCUGCUUUGAGCCUUGUCUUCUCUUUCUACGUGGGCAACAAGACCCUGCAGGACAGGAACGCGUCCUCAGAAUACCAGAUCCCAAAGGCUGGGCAGGAGGAUUCUGGCGCCUACUGGUGCGAGGCAGCCACAGAGGAUGAAAGAAUCGUGAAGCGCAGCCCUGCCUUGCAGGUGCAAGUGGUUGCCCCCCGGUCACCAUCUCGUGUCUGGUUUCGUGUACUUUUGUUUCUGGCAAUUGGAAUGUUAAUCUUCUUCAGCGCCUUUCUCUGUUCAAUGAUACGUAAAGAACUACAAAGAAUGAAGAAGCAGAAUUUACACAUCCCUAUGUCUUCUGGUCCCGUGAAGAGUAUAACCUCCUACCUUCAAAAUUAUAGACAGUUAGAGGAGGAAUUGAAGAGUCAAGAAUUAGAAGAAGAAGAGCUGCAAGAGCGGAGCCACCCACAGCACCAGGGGGCAGAGGGGCAGCAAACGUAGACCCGGGCAGUCGCCCAGGCCCUCCCGACCACUGGGUUAGCACUGGUGCAGGCAAGCCAAAAAGUUGCCGCUAGACCUGAGGGUUCUGUGGCUUAUCACUCUUAAACAGAGCAAUUAAGUAGCCUGACUUUAAUUGAUACUAAUUUGGGAAUUUGGUAAUCAAGGAUGCUUUGGAAAUGAAAUCUGAAAAAAAAAUAUUUAAAAGCUUGGAAGUCACGGCUAGCCUGUUAGAUGGCUUUAAAAAGAGUGUGUUUUUGAAAGUAGGGCAGAAAUGUGAAUGUGUGCAUAUGUACAAGAGCUUCAGACACAAAAAGAUCUAGUGAACCAGAGUAAAGGAGACUGAGAAAAAGGGAGGGAGCCUCUUAGCUGGACAUCAGCGGGGACUAAGGGAGCAAAGAGGGACUAGAGCCUCCAGAUGACUCCCCGGGGACUGUGCGGGUGAAAGCCCCCACAGCUCUGUGUUCAGGAUAGCAGCAACUCCACAACUCUUCCCUGUCAGUCACUGACAGGGAACGCUUCCGCAGGUGUUGGGCAGACACAGAGGGGUCCCAGGGGAUGCGAAAUGGUGUAUCAGUCUUGUUUCAUUGGAGGUGUCGCAUAAUCUCCCCAAGUUCACAGGCAGGAGGGCCUGCCCACGUCCCAGGCCAGCCCUGGAGCAGACAGGACCGAGCCUUGCUUCCCUGAUUACCUGAAGCCAGGUCUCCGGGCUGGCAGUGCGGGCGCAAGUGUUGGGGAGGACCAGAACAUUCUCAGGACCAGAGACUGACUUUGCCCCCACAGUUUUCUGAAUGAUUGCCUAAUAGUGUGAAGACGCACUGCUCUGCUACCUGGGCUGCAGUUUGGAGACAAAAAUAUUUUUCUGCUGCUGUUCAACAGCUCAUGUAAAAAUUGAAAUAUGUGAACAAGAAUUUACUGAAAGCAUAGAAGAAAAGUAGUAUAAAAUAGCAUUAUAUAUAUAUACACACAUAUAUAUAUAUGUGUGUAUAUAUAUAUAUAUAAUAUGACAUCAUGGAUCUAGUUUUGCUUUAUAAAAUGGAGCUCGUCUGCCAAGUAAGCAAGUGUCCCUGGCCUGCCUCUCCUAGCUCCUUGUGGCGGUACUCAUGUUCCACAUCAUGUACCUGGGAGCACCUUCAAGGAACCUGGGCCGGAAGCGGAUGCAGCCCCCUCCCUCCCCGCACCACCUGGCCCACUGCUUCCCAGUGGGUGAUCUCCUGUCUCAGAAAAACGUACCCCAAUUGUCAUCUCAGUAGAAGAAUAGCAACUUCCACUUUAUAUUCAAAGAACAGAUCAGGUAUAAGAGCAGGAGUUUCAUUGAUUGGACAUGACACUUGGUCUCACACACCUGGGAUUCAGAGAAAUGAGAACUGUAGGGAAUGAGUCUCAGAGGAAGCAGGAGCAAAGACUUUCUGCUGAGGAACCAUUAGAGGAAGAUUCUAGACCUCAGGAACAGGAAACUGAAGUAGAAAGUGACAGGGUAGGUAGAAGAAAGAGCUGUGCCUCCACCACGCAGGUCCAAUUUCUGGGAAAGGUCACAGCCUGGUGGCACAAGGGCAGAAGCUGACAAAGUAAUAAGCUGGGAUGAACCCAGAGUAAGGCUGCUUAUCACUGAAGUAUCCAUCCCUCCUUCUUUGUACCAACUUCUCAAAUUUUCCCAUGAUUUUUUUUUCCACAAUGACUUCUUGUAUACAUUUUAAUGCCUAUGUAAUUGAUUUGUUUAAAUAAUUAUCUUAGCUGAACAAUCUUCUUUCA